GUUCUCUCUCUAAAAAACUUUCCAUUUCAGUUUCUCUCUCUUAAAACACUCUCUCUUUCAUGUAUUUUAUAAAUUGUGAUAUCAUUAUGUUGUAUGAUCUCUCUCUUCUUAUUCUUCUUCUUCAACAAUUUUUCUCUUUACACUUUGCAUUUUCUUUCUUUUUUCUUUCUUUCUGUACAGAGAUAGAAAUAUAAAACAAAGUUAGGGUUUUGUUUUCUCUCUCUCACUUUGACAAACAACAGAAACAGAAACAGAAACGCCAUUUCAUAAAUAUACAUACAGCUUCAUAGGUGAUAUGAAUUGAGACUGUAUCGAUCAGAAUCUUCAAUUAGGCGUAGUUUUGCUUUUAUUUUUAUUUUUGUUCCUUUUGUCUUUCAUUUUUUCCCCUUUAUUUUUUUAUUUUUUGGUAUUAGUUUGAAAUUGAAUUUAGGGUUCGGAUUCCGAUUAUUUAUUUUUUUAAGGAUCGAAGAGGGAUUUUUGGGUAAUUAUGUGAAAUUAAAGGAUGAUUAUUCAUUAUCAUUAUUUAUAGGUGGUGAUUCUGUGAGUGUGGUGGUGGUGGUUGUGUGAGUUGGGGUAAGGGAUUGUGUGAGGAUGACAGAUUUUCAACCUUUACAACAAAAACCUGAAUCUACAGAUGAUGCCCGAACUGAAUUUGAGAGGGGAUUGGAGGAAUUGAUGCGUGGCCAUUUGGAUGAUUGUAUGUCAUUUGCAUCAUGUAGUUCAACUCGUAAUCCAGAUGAUGAGGAUGAUGAGGGGGAUCAGCUUGUCCGUAGAAGACGUAGGUCUGAUCUUGAGGGUGAUGACUUGGCUGAGUCAUCAGCUGCAAGGAGGCGUCACUCUCGCAUUCUAAGCCAAUGGGCUGCUCGCCAGGCACAGGAGAUGAUAACUACACUUGAGAGGAGGAAUCGAGAGUCAGAGUUGAUGGCACUUGCAGGUUUGCACACUGUUUCAAUGCUUGAUUCCUCAUUUUUGAGGGAGUCACAGUCGCCCACUUCAAGAAGACAGGGGGCAGUUGAGCGGCCUAGUACUCAGGCUUCUGCAAUUUUGCAAAUGUGGCGGGAGUUGGAGGAUGAGCAUUUGUUGAAUAGGGCACGAGAGAGAGUGAGGGUCAGAUUGAGACAGCAAAGGAGUGUGGAGUCCAAUACGAAUUUGUCAAGUACAAACAUGUCAGAGAGUCGAGGCAGUGAGAAUCAGGGAAGUUUGGGGGAUGCAAGUGAAAGUGAGAAUGAGUUUGGACCUUGGUCACAUGGGAGGCAAGGGUCACAAAAUGAGCAUGGUGAUAACAAUGCAUCUAGUAGGGAGCAAUCUCCUGACCUUGGUGAAGUUGAGAGGGAGAGGGUGAGGCAGAUUGUCCGCGGGUGGAUGGAGAGUGGCAUUAGUGAUCAUACAUCUAAUAUAUCCCAAAGGAAUGGCAGUUCUAGAGGGGAAUGGCUUGGUGAAACAGAACGUGAAAGGGUUAGAAUUGUUAGGGAGUGGGUGCAGAUGGCAAGUCAGCAUCGAGGAGGUCGUGGAGGACGGAGAGAAGAUCAUGUUGCUGGAGCAGACGCACAAGGUGACAGAGCUCGUGAUGGACCAGCUGCUGACCAUGAUGAAGGACAACCAGAGCAUAUUCGUAGAGACAUGCUGAGGCUACGUGGAAGACAAGCUCUUCUUGACCUACUUGUCAGGAUUGAGCGGGAAAGGCAGAGGGAACUUCAGGGAUUGUUGGAGCAUCGAGCUGUUUCUGAUUUUGCCCAUCGUAACCGCAUACAGUCAUUACUGAGAGGUAGAUUUUUGCGGAAUGAAAGACCAGUUGAAGAGGAGAGACCGCCUUCAAUGGCUGCUAGUGAACUAGUUCAAUUGAGACAACGUCACACUGUUUCUGGAUUAAGGGAAGGGUUCCGCUCUAGGUUGGAAACUAUUGUUCGUGGUCAAGUAAGCGGCCAUUCUGAUAGCACUCCUGAUGAUAAUGUCAAUGAUGUUAGAAAUGAUCAAAGUCAAACAAACACUUCACAGGAUAUCCAACAGGAAGAAAAUGAGCAAUCACAACCUAGGAGUCGAGAAAUUGACAUCCAUCUGCAUUCUGAUCAAACAGACAACUCACAAAGCAACACAGCUGCAAAUAACAUAAAUUGGCAAGAAACUGUUAAUCAAAGAGAGGAUUGGCAAGGAGAAAUAGCAGAUGAUGAACGGCAAAACUGGCAACAAUCAGAUUAUAGUCAGUUCAAUGAAUGGAGAAAUGGUGAUGCAGAACCAAUGGAUGCCAAUUGGCAAGAGAAUUCUGUAAAUGACUGGCCUCAGGAAACUACUGGAAAUCUUCACAGUGAACAAAAUCAUCCACAAGAAGCUGCUGUAAAUUGGCACGAGAAUGGCACGCGGGAAGCUGAAAAUUGGACAGAGGGGCCUUCUGACCCACCAAGAAUGCGACGUGCUGUUCCAGUGCGAAGAUUUAAUAGAUUUCACCCACCUGAUGAUGAGAAUGUAUAUAGUAUGGAACUAAGGGAACUUCUAAGCAGGAGAAGUGUAUCUAAUCUUCUUCGCAGUGGUUUCCGUGAAAGUCUGGACCAAUUAAUACAGUCAUAUGUGGAAAGGCAAGGCCGUGCUCCCAUUGACUGGGAUCUGCACAGAAACUUGCCCACCCCAACUCCCAGUUCACCAGAGCGAGAUGAGGAGCAGCAGAGAGAAGAACAAAAUGAAGAUCAGCAUAAUGCUAGGCGUUCAAUGGUUCUGCCAUCUCCACCUGUGCCCCCACCUCAGCCACUCUGGCACCAGGAUUUGCAUCAUACUAGCUGGUCUCGCCAUAGCAUGCAUCGAUCAGAACUUGAGUGGGAGAUGAUUAACGACUUGAGAGCAGACAUGGCAAGACUUCAGCAAGGAAUGAGCCACAUGCAGAGGAUGUUAGAGGCUUGCAUGGACAUGCAACUUGAGCUACAGCGCUCUGUCAGACAGGAAGUGUCUGCAGCUCUAAAUCGAUCAGCUGGUGAAAAAGGCUUGGGUGCCGAGUCAUCUGAAGAUGGAUAUAAAUGGGGUCAUGUAAGGAAAGGAACAUGUUGCGUUUGUUGUGAUAGCCAUAUUGAUUCUUUACUGUACAGAUGCGGUCACAUGUGCACUUGUUCAAAAUGUGCAAAUGAAUUAGUCCGAGGAGGUGGAAAGUGCCCAUUGUGUCGAGCACCGAUCAUUGAAGUGAUCCGAGCAUACUCCAUACUGUAGAGUGAUCCAGAUGAGAUGGAGGGAAGCGAGAAGUUCCUCAGGAUCUUAUUUGUAGAGUGUCUAGUUGUUGCCAACAGUUUUUCUGAUUAUAUGUGGGAAUGUUAUGCAAUGUAUAAUUGGAUUAACAAACGGCACCUCAAUUCUUCAUUCUUCCGUAAAUAAAAUGAUGUUUUGUUAGAAUAUUUUUUA